AUGUCUUCGUCUGUUAGCGAGACAGAGGAGGUGCGCGUCUCGGCGCUGACGCCUUUGAAGUUGGUGGGACUGGUGUGCGUGUUCCUGGCGCUGUGCUUAGACGUUGGAGCCGUGAUGAGCCCGGCAUGGGUGACCGCCGACGACCAGUACUGCUUCUCACUGUGGGAGGCGUGCUGGAAAGCAGCGUCGUCAGAGAUCUGGCAGUGCAACAGCACGCUGGAGGCAGACUGGCAGAUCGCCACCCUGUCCUUGUUGCUAGGCGGAGCUGCUCUGGUCCUGCUCUCCUUCCUGGUGGUCCUGGUGUCAGUGUGUAUCGGCUCUCGGAGACGCUUCAACAGACCUGUCGCUGUCAUGCUGUUCGCUGCAGUGGUGUUGCAGGGCUGCAGUCUGGUCCUCUACCCCAUCAAGUUCACUGAGACCAUCAGCAUGAGCAUAUACCACGAGUUCAACUGGGGUUACGGCCUGGCCUGGGGCGCUACCAUUUUCUCCUUCGGCGGGGGGAUCCUCUACUGCCUCAACCCUAAGAACUAUGAAGACUACUACUGACCCUGCUGGACUGUACC